GUAAAAGUUCUUUCAUUGACAGAUCAUGAUACUAUGUCUGGCAUCCCCGAAGCACUGGAAGCAGCUCGUAGAUUUGGCAUUAAGAUUAUUCCCGGAGUUGAAAUCAGUACAAUGUUCUCCCAAGGGAGGGACUCUGCAUCAGAUGAACCAGUGCACAUUCUUGCAUAUUACAGCAGUUGCGGACCAGCAAAAUUUGAUCAACUAGAGAAGUUCCUGAGUAGUAUACGGGAUGGACGUUUCCUCCGUGCGGAGAACAUGAUUUCAAAACUUAACAACCUGAAGUUGCCCCUUAAGUGGGAGCAGGUAGAAAAAAUUGCAGGAGAAGGAGUUGCUCCAGGGAGGUUGCAUGUUGCUCGUGCUAUGGUUGAAGCUGGCCAUGUAGAGAAUCUAAGACAGGCAUUUUCCCGAUAUCUUUAUGAUGGAGGACCUGCUUAUGCUACGGGAAGCGAGCCACUUGCAGAGGAAACCGUCCAAUUUAUACGUGAGACAGGAGGCGUGGCAGUUUUGGCACAUCCAUGGGCAUUAAAAGAUCCAAUAGCUGUUGUUAGAAGAUUGAAAGAAGUCGGUCUACAUGGUAUAGAGGCCUACAGGAGUGAUGGAAAACUUGCAGCAUACAGCGACCUAGCAGAUGCUUAUGAUCUGCUGAAGCUUGGGGGUUCGGAUUUCCAUGGAAGAGGGGGGAAACAGGAGUCUGAGGUGGGAAGUGUGAGCCUUCCGAUGUUGGCUGUGCAUGAAUUCCUGAAGGUGGCCCGUCCCAUCUGGUGCAGAGCGAUUAGGGAAAUUCUGGAGAAUUACGCAGAAAAUCCAUCAGAAACGAAUUUACAACUUAUUAUGAGUUUUGGAAAGCCCAAAGUUUGCAGGGGCAUUUCUCCUGUGAGUUGUUCCGGUGAUUUUAUCAGUCGAUGCUUAUCGUCCUGGUUGACAAAUGAGGAGAGACAGGAUGCGGAAUUUGAGGCCAUCAAACUGAAGCUUGCCGCCAUCUCAGUCAGUCAAAGAUAGAUGCAGGCUCUGUAGUGCCCGCAAUAAGGAUAUCCAUUUUUGCCAUUAUUUUGGGACACCAUGGGUGAACAUAUAUGGUUAUAUCUGUAGGUGGUAGUUUUCUGUUCUGUUUCCUCUCCUCCUUCCGCUCCUCGUCCUUCUCCCUCCCCCAUUUUUUGGCCCUGUUUCCUAUUAUUGUCUCCUCUCAAAUUUACAUUUAUAUGCCACUAUUAUAUGUGGUUGACUCAGAAGAAAUGCAGAUUAUUUCUUGCAUUACCUCUUCAAAGCUACUGAAUACUAUUGGAAAACCCUUGCAGAGCUUA